AUGUGUUUUUGUUUCUCUUAUUAUUUCAGGUGGAAGAAAAGAAAUGCUAUGGAUUCAAGAAACAGCACCACUGUGACCUAUUUCAUUCUGGUUGGGCUCGCAGAGUAUCCCAGAGCCCAAAUCAUCUUCUUCUGCCUACUUCUGGUAUCCUAUCUUGUCACCAUGCUGGGGAAUAGCCUCAUUCUUCUCCUUAUCCACUAUGAUCCCCAGCUGCACACCCCCAUGUAUUUCUUUCUCAGCAAUCUAUCAUUCCUGGACAUCUGCUUCACAUUAUCUAUUAUGCCUCAGGUGCUCGUCAACUGUUUAGUCAAAAUUCCCAUCAUCUCCCUGGGUGAAUGCCUGGCACAGAUGUGUGUCCUUCUCUACUUGGGUGUUAUAGAAUGCUUUCUGCUGGCCGUCAUGGCCUACGAUCGUUUUGUAGCAAUCAGCGACCCCCUGCACUAUGCAAUGAAAAUGCGGCCUCAGCUCUGUGUCCAACUUGCAGUGUUACCCUGGUUAAUAUCCUUUUUACUUUCUGUGGUCCCAAUCCUGACCAUGCCACUAGAUUUCUGUGGCCACUACAUUAUCAACCACUUCUCCUGUGAACUCUUGGCUAUCCUCAAGCUUGCAUGUAAUGAUCUGAAGUUCUACGAAUUGCUAAUGAUGGCUACCAGUUUCCUAACUCUCCCGCUACCCUUUACAUUUACCCUAGCCUCCUACAUGCGCAUCUUGGGAGCUGUAUUGAAGAUGCGCUCAGCUGAUGGAAGAAGGAAAGCCUUCUCCACCUGCACUUCCCACCUCACUGUGGUAGUCAUCUUCUAUGGCACUGCCAUCUCCAUGUACAUGAUGCCCCAGGACAAAGUCAGACGAGAUGUAGACAAGAUCAUCUCCAUGUUGUAUUUCAUUGUGAUACCCAUGCUCAACCCUAUUAUCUACAGUCUUCGGAACAAGGAUGUGAAGGGGGCUUUCAGGAAACUAAUAGGGGGAAAGAAUGACUCCUAA